GAGCUGGAUCGGCUCCUGGCUCAGGUUGGCAAAAAGAGAGCCGCCGUUGUCGGGGACGGCAAUUGCCAAUACGGGUCGUUGCUGGAGUCAGCCAAGCACAAAGGCAUCUUCGUCUGCAAGAACAUCCUGGAGAUGCGUGUGGGUGUGUACGCCCAGCUUUCGGCCAAUAGGGGCUUCUAUGAUAACUUCCUCGACGAGAGCUGGGAGGAAUGGGUCAGCAAAGUCCUGAAGGAUGGGGAGUGGGGGGACCGCCUCACCCUCCAGGCCUUCAGCGACCACAGUGGCAUUGGGGUUCGUGUUUACAAAAUCCAGCCAAAUCCUGAAGUUCAAGACUACGCCCUAUCCAGUGUUCUCAUCCACCCUUGGUACGAGUCCGAGCCAGAGCAGGUGCUGGAACUGUGCAACAUCCAAGCCGUCGAGUACGCGGUCAACCACGGCCUAGCGGACCUCGGCGAGGAGGAGGCCUGGGCGCGUAGCAUGUCCGAGGAUGGUACCUGGGCAGACGAGAUCGCCAUCCUGGCCACGUCGCACAUUCUGGGACGCGCCAUCCUCGUGAUCUCCUUGAACGAGAACACAGGGAAACUCUACCAUACCCUGUAUGGCCAGGAGGAGCCGAAUCAGAAGGUUAUUAUUCCGGUCUUCUACAACGGCAUCACUAUGAGCUGGUGGACGCAUGGUGGCUCCAUCGGUGUGUUCCCGGCUCAGACGCACGAGAAAGCGUUGAGGAACCGGUACGAUGCAACCGCCCUGCAGAACAUGGUGGCUCCAGUCCAGGUCGCUAAGGAGGGCGGAGAGGAAGAGGAGGCAGAAGUGGAUCCUGUCAUGAUCCUGUGGUUGAUGUGGAGGGACGACCCAGGGCACGACCUAGCCGGAGCCGUGCACGCGACGUACGGACGUCUCCGCAGCCCACGUCUAAGCGAUGGGGUGGCGGCUGCCUGUUGGAAUCGCUUUCUCUUGAUUGCCGGGUGGAUGGACGAGCACCGAGGUGGUCCAUUCGAUACGGUGCAAGAGUACCUGACAGCGGAGCAUCUCGAGGCAUUCUGGUCCUUUCUGGGGGAGAAAGGG